AAAAAGCAUUUACACCUGCCAUAGCCAGUCAGUACUAUCGUUAAAAGACCAGCUGACUGCACUUAUCGUCGUGCCGCCACAAUUUAUCGCCAGAUCUAACAAACAACAAUUGGACUAAAUUGCAUUUUUAGUUUGGCUUUCACAGUAGAAUGGGAAAUUCUUUGGGCUUCCUAAGUGACAACGAUGACCCAUUUGAGUUACCCGUUGAUGAAUUUGGCUACAAUGUUAUCAAUUUUACGGUCAACGCCAUGGACUUGCAAUUGCGUCCCCCAAAUAACCAUCCAAGCAGUCUCCCAGUUUGUGAAAAACCAAAUGUAGACCAAUUUCAAACCACAGAUAUGUACAAAGAAGUUCAAGCGCGCAGCAGUCUGCUCAGCAAGCCAACAGAAAAGCGCUUCAAUCUAAUGCACGCGCUGCUGCAGCGCGAAAAUGGAAUCGCCUCACCUGGCAGCGGUUCCUUCUCCCCGAAUCAGCAGCGCUACAUCUCAAAUAUGUAUAUACCAAAUCACAGGUCGAUGCGACUGAUGUCGCUGGACGCAAAAAUCUAUGUUACCAAGUUCAACAAGAGUGGGAGCAAACUCUUAACAGCUUGCCAAGAUGGCUUUGUACGUAUAUACGAUGGGUCAAAGGGCACCUAUCAUCUGCUGAACCGCAUGAAUGCUCGCGACGUUCAGUGGUGCAUCAUGGACGCUGAUUUCAGUCCGAAUGGCCAGCAUUUUGCCUACUCCACCUGGUCGCGUUCAUUUUAUAUAAUGCCAGUUAAUGGUUCUGAGGAUGACUGUCAGUGGAUUGAUGUGAACGAGACAUCCAGCAGUCGAGCUGGAAUUUUUUCGCUGCGCUUCUCGCCAACAGGUGAUAAAAUUAUUGGUGGCAGCAGCAAUGCCAGCGUCAUUGUUGGCGAUGUCCAGACGCGCGUUACCCAAAUCCUGCGCACACAUCGCAUACCCGUAACGGACGUAAACGCUGUGUGCUAUGUGAACCACAAUGAUCCGAAUGUGAUAAUCGCAGGCUGUGAUGAUGGCCUGCUGAAGGUGUACGACUUGCGUACAUCCUUCCGCGGCCGUAACCCGUCCAAGUCUGUCCUCUCGUUUAUUGGACACUUCGAUGGCAUUACAUACAUUGAUUCGCGCAACGACGGCUACCAUGUCCUCACCAAUUCCAAGGACCAAAGCAUUAAAAUCUGGGAUAUGCGCCAGCCCAGCGGUCAGCGGAACCGUAGCGACCGCCAACAUCACUUAACGAUGACCAAUUGGGAUUAUCGCUGGGAUCGUGUGCCACGUGAAUUUUACAAUCCACACAAGGCGCUUGAUGGUGAUAGCAGCAUAAUGACUUAUCGCGGUCAUCGCGUUAGUAAAACGCUUCAGCGAGCCAAAUUCUCACCCAUGGAGCAGACUGGACAGCGUUUCAUUUACACGGGCUGUGCAACGGGGCGAAUUAUUAUUUAUGACGUGCUAACGGGCAAAAUUCGAGAGGCUAUUGAAGGGCACAAGCAAGUCAUUCGCGACUUGGACUGGCAUCCAGUGCGCUCAGAAAUUGUGUCCAGUUCGUGGGAUACGCAUGUGCAUCUGAACAACUACAAUCGGAAUUUUGCCACACAGGCGCAGAAGCGUCGUAGAAGCCACACGCAGGACAACAAACCGUUGAGACGCUCGCGUCGAUUGGCCAAUCGAAAUGUGACUCCAGAUUAGAGUUUAUUUAUUUUGGUAUAGCGUUGCCGGUUGAUAUUGCUUACUGUAUAUAGGUUACGUUAAUCUUAACUUUUAAAUUUACAUAUAC